CUCCCCCUCCACCUCGUCGCCACCGCCCCCUGCCAUUCCCCGGAGCCCCGCGUCCCGGCGUCCCUCCCACCGCCCCCGCCGCCGAUCAGGUUGACAAGUUAGUUUGUUUGGUGUACUGCUCUUUAAGUAGUACUGAUAUCCUCCAUACUGUUGGCGGGAAGUCAUGUUGCUGGGACUUCUUACCUGAAAGUGAUCAGGAGUUUGGACAUCCAUUUCCGACUCUUGUUGUCAUGGAGUGCAACAAGGAUGAAGCUCUUAGAGCGAAAGCUCUGGCUGAAAGGAAAAUGCUGGAGAAGGAUUUUGUUGCUGCAAGGAAAAUGAUUAACAAGGCGCAGCAACUUUACUCCGAGGUUGACAAUGUCUCGCAGAUGCUAACGGUCUGUGAUGUUCACUGCGCUGCUGGAACCAAGGUUAAUGGAGAGACUGACUGGUACGGAAUACUUCAGCUACCAGUUUUCACGACUGAUGACACGCUAAUAAAGAAGCAGUACCGUAAGCUUGCCCUUUUGCUACAUCCCGACAAGAACAAGUUUGCAGGUGCAGAGGCAGCAUUCAAGUUAGUGGGGGAAGCAAACAUGACGCUUACAGACGUCUCCAAACGGUCUGCCUAUGACAUGAAAAGGAGAGCCUCAGUCAGAGUUUCUGCAGCAAGGCCAUCCCCUUAUCAGCAGGCAAGGAGAGCUGCUCCUGUUAGACCUGUGAAUCUUCAGCAGCCCACAAAUCCUGCUGGGCCGGCAACGUUUUGGACCAUCUGUUCAAACUGUGGCAUGAGAUAUCAGUACUACACUACAUUGUUGAAGAAAGCUAUCCGCUGUCAGUCUUGCAUGAAGCCUUUUAUUGCACAUGAUUUAAACAAUCAACCUGUUCCUCCUGCGGCAAAUCAACAGCCUGCUGGGGUGAACAGAGGCGCAGGAGCACCUUCUGGGGUAAAUCAACAGUCUGCUGGGGUGAACAGAAGUGCAGGAGCACCACAGAAUUUCCCAGGUCCACAGAUAAAUGUCCCAGGUCAGCAAGCUCGGAAUUAUGCCACUCAAGGGGUUCGUGCUAACUAUGGAUCUCGUAAUGCAACUGCAAAUACAAAGAGGGGGGGAGAUGGUAAUAGAGCUAGUGCUGCAGGUGAGCCAAAAGAGAAUACAAGAUUCGCUCGGACUUCGAAAGGCCCAUCAACUUCAGGACUGAAAAGGAGCAGGAGAUCCAUGGUUGAAUCGAGUGAUUCGGAGAGCACCAGUGAUAGUGAUGAAGAGAUCACUGUAAAUGGCGCUGCUGCAAAUAAUGCAAACCCUAGUGAACACAGCCGCAGGUCAGUCAGGCAGAAGCAAGAAGUUAAGUAUAAAGAAGAGAGUGAUGAUGAAUAUGCUGAUGAUGAUGAUGGUAAUGACAACGAUGCUGUCGAUUCUUCCAAUUUCAAAAGGUUAAGGAAGGGUGGUAUGUCUAAUGGUGAUGAUCAAAGCAAUGAAACCAAGAUGAAUGGAGAUGGAACUGGACACAAUGGUUCAGCAAAGGGGCUUAAUCAUUCUGUCAGCAGCAAUGGUCUGGACCCAAACCUUGAUGCUUCAGAUGAGGACAAAUUUAGCUGUGUGGAUCCUGAAUUUUUUAACUUUGAACAACUUCGAGAUGUAAGUCAGUUCAGAGCCAACCAGAUCUGGGCUGUCUAUGAUAGUCAAGGUUGUAUGCCAAGAUUUUAUGCCCGAAUUAAAACAGUAAAAAUGGCCCCGAAGUUUGUUGUACACUUCGUUUGGCUGGAAUUUGAGCCCACAAAUAAAGCAGAGGAGGAAUGGUCUAAUGGGGAACUGCCUGUUGCUUGUGGACGUUUUAAGUAUGGAGAAUCAGGAACAGCUAAAGAAACUAAUAUGUUCUCUCAUACUAUGUACUGUGUGAAAAGCAAGACAGCAAGCACGUUUGAAAUGUAUCCUAGGAAAGGUGAAGUUUGGGCCCUUUUCAAGGGAUGGGACAUUGGUUGGAGUUCUGAUGCAGACAACCACGCAGACUUUGAGUAUGAAGUUGUUCAAGUUGUCUCUGAUUUGACGGCAGGCACUGGCAUUGUUGCCAUGCCACUUGUAAAAAUAAAAGGCUUUAUUAGCUUAUUUAUGCAGUCAAAAGAGGCAACUCCGUACGUGAUACCUCAGGAUAACACACUGAGGUUUUCACAUCUUGUCCCUCAUCAUAUAAUGUGUGGGACUGAAAGAGAGGGCAUUCCAGAUGGGGCUCUUGAACUUGAUCCUGCAGCGCUUCCCCUUAACUUGGAAGAGGCUUUUGCUUCUGUUGUUCCGGAAAUCAGUUCAGUAAAAGGCAAGGAGUUUGACACCAAAUGUGCUGGGAAGGGAUCCAUGAGGGCUGGGGAGGCAGCAAAGGAAAAGAACAUAGAGCAUAGCAUUCCACCUGCUGUAGAAGAUACAGAUGAUGAGGAAGCUGAUGAUCUUGUCCAAGGAGAAUUUCAGUGCCCUGAUUCAGAAUUCUAUGAAUUUUCAGAACUAAGACUGCUUCACAAGUUCGAACCUGGACAGGUUUGGGCUAUCUACAGUGAUGUGGAUAAGUUCCCUAAUUUCUAUGCCUUGAUCAAGAAUGUUGAUCACAAGAAUAAUAUAGUAAAAGCGAGAUGGCUUGAUGUCUGUCCUCUGGGAGAGGAGGAGAAACGAUUGGUAAAAGAAGAUCGGACUGUCGGGUGUGGCACCUUUAAGGUUGCUGUUGGGCGAGAUGGUAACAUCACUUACACUGAUACUGAGUCCUUUUCUCAUCCUGUACUUGCUAGACCAACUAGUAGAAGAAACGAAUAUGAAAUAAUCCCCGGCCCUGGUGAGAUCUGGGCCAUUUACAAGAACUGGAGGGCUGGAUGGACUGCACAAGACUUCAAAAAUUGUGAGUAUGAGUUGGUGGAGAUACUUGCCCACACUGGUAAGUCCAUACAAGUUCAGCUUUUAAGAAAGGUGGAUGGUCACACAGCAGUAUUUAGAAGAGAUGAUGCUGUGAAAACAAUAAGCAAGGAUGAGUACCCAAAGUUCUCUCACCAGGUUCCUUGCUUCCAUCUGACAAAUGAGAAGGGAGGCAAGCUUCGAGGCCAUUUGGAGCUCGAUCCUUAUUCACUGCCAGACGCGUUUCUCUAUACCUAGUUGAAUGCGAGAUAUCCAUUUGGAGCCUCUUAGGAGCCUUCCUGUGAUGAAGUUGGGAGAACAACGGUUCCAUCAAAGUUGGGCAGUCCACAUCUGGAACAUUUUUUGCUGUCGGUUUUUGGCUGUUCCCAGUAACAUCUAUGAAGGUAUACAACCUGCCAGGCAAAUAGGUUCUUCUCGCAAGAUGACUAUCCCUCAGCGACCAUUUGCAAGCUGGCCAAUCUUUUGUAGCAGCUCUCUCUAGUCAGCUAGGAACUUAGCAUUUCCUUGUAUUAGUGUUCUGCAACUGUCACUCUUUGUUUGCUGCUAGCGUACUCGAAAAUGUUGGGACAAUGUAAUUUAACUUGCGGGAGGCUAAUGCGAUGGGAUCUCUGUA